CGCCAUUAGUCCAAGCACACACAAGUUGUUGCAGACUACACAAUUUCAAGCAGCAGAGCUAGCAGUAGCAGUAGCAGAGAUGCCCAAGCUCGCCGCCGCCCUCGCCUUGCUUGCGUUGCUGGGAUCCGUGGCGUGCCAAGGUGACAAUGGUUCGCCCGCGGUCUCGCCGGCGUAUUCUCCGAGCUCGGGCCCGGCGAGCCCGGGGACAAUCAGUUACCCUCCAGCUGCGAGCCCCAGCAAGACAAUACCGAGCCCAAUUGUGUUGAGCCCGAGCCCGAGCCCGCUCGCUCGGCCUCCUAGCCUCGACCUAGGCUCACCGAGCCAAAGCCCGCUGGUGUAUCCACCAAGUGUCAGCCAACCGGCAUUUCCUCCGUCUGGUUCUUCCAGAGCCCCGAGCGCAAGCUCACCUGAGUAUCUUCCUAGCCCUAGUCAAAGCGUGUCCAGUCAAACUCCAUCAACACAUUCACCUGAUCCAAGUCCACCUACUAAUUCUCCUGCUAGUAGUCCAAGCCCGAUGAGCCCGAGCACAAUUGCUUAUCCACCGAGCCCAAGCCCUAGCCAACCCACAUAUCCUCCUAGCCCAAGCCCUGCCGCUUAUACUCCUAGCCCAAGCCCGAUCAAUCCAAGACAACCAGAUCCACCCAGCCCUAGCCCUAGCCCAGCAUCUUAUAUUUCAAGCCCAAGCCCAAGCCCAAGCCCGGAUAGCCCUGGUCCAGCCGCUUAUCCUCCUUUCUCAAACUCACCCAGUAACUCUCCCAGCCCAAGCUCUCCCGUUUCAGGGCUCAGUGUCGGUCACUACAGCUACUCCUGCCCAAAUGCGGAGGCCAUUGUGAGGGAGGCCGUCAAGAACGCCACGGACAAGAAUCGCGGCACCGGCGCGGGGCUUAUCCGUCUCUUCUUCCACGACUGCUUCGUCCGGGGGUGCGAUGCUUCCGUUCUCCUCAACACGACCGGCUCCGACGAACCGACGGAGUUGAAGGGCCAGCCGAACAAGACCCUCCGCGGCUUUGAGGUGAUCGACGCGGCCAAGGCGGCGCUCGAGGCGGCCUGCCCCGGCGUUGUCUCGUGCGCGGACGUCCUCGCCUUCGCCGGCCGCGACGCCAGCUUCUUCCUCACAAAUGGCACGGCCUACUUUCCCAUGCCGGCCGGCCGCUACGACGGGCGCGUGUCAUUCAGCAAGGAGACCACCCUCAACCUGCCGGCGCCCUUCUCCACGCUCAAGGAUCUCAACGAGAGCUUCCAUGCCAAGGGGCUGAGCCUCGAGGAAAUGGUCAUCCUUUCCGGCGCGCACUCCGUCGGCCGCUCCAGCUGCUCGUCCUUCUACGACCGCCUCCCCGCCAAUUCCUCCGACAUGGACCCCGAGUUCGCGAGCUCCCUGCGGAAGCAGUGCAGCAGCAACGACCCUACCGCGAUGCAGGACUUCAAGACCCCCGACGACCUGGACCGGCAGUACUACCAGAACGUGGUCAACCACAGGGUGCUCUUUGGUUCCGACGCAGCGCUCAUGGGGUCGAACGAGACGGCGAGGAUGGUGCUCGAUAAUGCGUACGUAAGUGGGCUGUGGGAGAGGAAGUUCGCGGCGGCGAUGGUAAAAAUGGGCGGCGUCGGGGUAAAGACAAGGGCCGACGGCGAGAUCAGGAAGAAGUGUUGGAUCAUCAACUAAGUGUGACGUGUCGAUCGAUCAGAUGGUUCAUCGUAAGACGCUCUCAUGAAUUGUUCCAUGCCACAUUUGGCACAUGCAUGUCGUUGGUGAUAAUUUUCUUUUCUGGUUUAUCUUUUCAGACUAGGACAUGCAAAAUAUAGUACUUCCUCCGUUUCUAAAUAUAAAUAUUUCU